UCGACAGCGCGCUCGACAUUGACAGUGAGUGACGAUAUUUUCGACGGUUCACAUGUGUUACUAUCGGCUUCCGGUGACGCGCGCUCUUUGAAGUACUUUUCCGAAGUUAACUCAGUGCAGUUUUCUCACAAAAGCUCACAAAAUAUUCGGUGAUGGCUUAGAAACAAGUUAUCAAGACUAUCAAGGUUAAUAGAAUUUGCGUCAUUUUCUUCAUCGGUUAUCUGAUGGACUCAUCCAUAUUUAACUCAUAAAAGGAUUUCCAGUGAAUACAAAGCAUAGCAGGAUUAUUUGCAAAUUGUACAGUGAUGAAUAUUGCAGUGACGGAAAGUGGAUUGUUGGACAGACGAUAUAUUUAUGUAGAUUCAAGGGCGGCCUAACAUCAGAUUAACACGAAUGGAUAAUGGGUAUUUGCUUGGAUACAGACAAAGGCACAUCCACGCAGGAAGUGGACGAGUCAGAUUGGAAAGGUGGAGGAAGAGGCGGCGUCUCACGGUCGGCCAUCGUUCGCUCCCCGACGCUUGGUCGUGGCAGUCCGACCAACGGUGCCGGCAACGGAAUGCACAACACCGGCAAAGUCAAGUUCGAUCCACCCAAGGUACCGGUGAUCUUCGUGCUAGGGGGCCCCGGUAGUGGUAAAGUGACACACUGUGACACGCUAAUGCAAGAACGGCGUGGUGUCACCCAUAUCAACAUGAUGGACCUCUUGCAGCAGUACGCUAUCGGCAAUGCAGAUAUGCAGGAUUUUUCCCAGCUGUCGUCACGUACUGUCACUGAAGUAUUAAUGCUAGAAAUGAAAAUGUCACCAGCUGCCAAAACCUACCUUGUUUCCGGAUAUCCGCGUUCCAUGCGGGAUGUCGUGGAAUACUCUGAGAAGAUACAAGUGAUCAACGGUGUGAUAUUGAUAUCCUGGCGCCAGACAAUUCUGCAACGCCAGAUAGACUAUGGGGCAAAAUUAGGACAUGUGGUUCUGUCACUUGCCAAGAUGGAAUUGGAGAACUUCUUCAAGAAUGUGAUGCCGGUGGCGGAUUAUUUCGACCAGAGCGACAUGCUUAUUGCGAUCAAUGGUGAACGUGCUCCCUCGGAGGUGUACAAAGAUUUCCGAUCCGCAGUGCUAGACAUUCUCGGGGCGCAAGAGAACCAGGAAGCGCUGCUGAACGGAGUCGCAGGUAUGGGUAGGGGCGUAGACGACAUUCCCGGCAGUAUAGUUAGCGUAGAAACGGCACCUAGUCAAAAUAAAGUUAUUGCAGCUCCGGCGCAUCAAGUAGAAAUCAAUAAUUUAAACCGUACGCCAACACCAUCGCCACCGCCGCCGCCGUCGCCGCCGCAACCGCGAGCAAACCCUAUACAAUCACAGGUAGCGACGAGACAAAUGCAUACGAAUGUUGGAAUGCCACCUCGUAUGUCCAAUUCUGCUGUCAAAGGCUCGAAUACAGGCCGUUUGCCACCGAUCAUCUGGGUGAUUGGUGGACCUGGCAGUAACAAGGCAACGCUCUGCCUGAAAGCUGUCGGUAUAAAUCCGGGAUGGGGACAUUUCAGUGUGGGACGACUGCUUCGAGCAGUAGCCGAAUCAGAUCCCCGAGUAGCCACAGAAGAUUAUGCUGUGAAGGAGGCAAUAGCCGCGGGAGAAAUGGUCCCUAAGAAAUCGUUAGAUCGACUCAUCGAAAACCACCUCGCUCAGCUUAGUGAAAAGCGGGGAAUCAUUAUUGAUGGAUAUCCGAGGGAUAUGAUACAAGUGGGAGAUUUUGAAGAAAAGUAUCGCCAAAGACCCCCGGUUAUUUUACUGGACUGCUCAAAGCUACAGUUGGGUAGAGGGCGGUUAGAUGAUACCGUAUCAUCCUUCCGGCGAAGAUUGGAACUGUUCCGUGAGUUGACCCUCCCGAUGCUUAAAGAAAUGGAUACCGCCGGACGGUUGACCAUUGUGGACGGCGACACGGACAGUCCCACAGUGCAGCGUGAAUUCGAGCGCAUCGUUCGAGAUCACAUAGACAGGCUGCAAAGGAGCGAAUCGGCCAACCGGGACGCUCAUGCGGAUGAUGAUGCGGAUGUUGCAUCGGUACAAAUCGGAAGCUUUAAAAGUGCGAUACAAAGAGGUCGAGCUCAAGAGCUGAGGAACGCAGACGCGAUAGUGCAUGACCUGGAGGCUCCCGGAGUUGUACCUACCAUCAGUCAUCACGUUAGCCUGGCCAACGGACAUCUCGGACGGACGGCACCGAGUGGUUUCCGGAACGGGUAUAUCCCCAACGGAAAACCGAAUUUUAGAAACAUGCUGGAGGAAGCGGAUAGCUUCGACGCCCACAUGUAGAUCGAAAGGGAAGGGAAUAAGUACAAAAGGAUAAACUGUUUCUGUUAUAAAGAAUCAAAUCAUAGAUUUCAAAUGUGUUAUAGUUUUGUUUUUCGUUUGCAAAACCAAUCUCAUACACAUACACAAUAAAGACGUAGUCAUAAAAUAGCAUACAGAAUAAUAUAUUUAUGAUGUUGGCAGGGUGCCAAACGUAGGUUUUUGUAUUUUGUUUAUAAACAGUAUUACAAAUAAGGGAAAUCAAUAGGUUGAAUAAGAAAUGUAACAUGUUGGAAGAUCUCGUAUUUUUGGUAUGGAAACGUAAAGGAACCUCUAAUGUAAGAAAGUAGAAUGUAGAAGUUGAGCUUUAAACUGUACUUUUAGAAUACUUUAUCACUGAAAAUCAAUAAAACCAUUUUAGUAGUGAUGUUUUUGCAGAA